CCGGCGCUGCCGCUCCCCCCGGCGAGCUAGCAUGAAAUUUCCCUGCCUCUGCCGUGAUCAAAUGGAGCUCCUGGUUCAGGGGGUGCGAGUAUUACCUCCGCCAUGCAUUUUCCACUAUCAAUAAUUUAACUUCUUUGCUGCAGAACAGAAGGAGUUCAGACCGGGCACCAAAUACUCGCCCCUACCCCCCUUCUUUUUAACCAAAGGGAACGUGGGGGGAAAAAAAUAGUCUGGGAGUUUUGGGACCGAAGUCUUCCCCCGAGCAGCUGCCUUGAUGUUUACUUUGACAAGUAGUGACUGAAAAGUUCCACCAGGUGAGAAGAGUGAUGACCAUCCUUUUCCUUACUAUGGUUAUUUCAUACUUCAGUUGCAUGAAGGCUGCCCCCAUGAAAGAAGCAAACGUCCGCGGACAAGGCAGCUUGGCGUACCCAGGUGUUCGAACCCAUGGGACUCUGGAGAGCGUGAAUGGGCCCAAGGCAGGUUCAAGGGGCCUGACAUCAUUGGCUGACACUUUUGAACACGUGAUAGAAGAGCUGCUGGAUGAGGACCAGAAAGUCCGGCCCCAUGAAGAAAACAAUAAGGACGCGGACUUGUACACUUCCAGGGUGAUGCUCAGUAGUCAAGUGCCUUUGGAGCCGCCUCUUCUCUUUCUGCUUGAGGAAUACAAAAAUUAUCUGGAUGCUGCAAACAUGUCAAUGAGGGUCCGGCGCCACUCCGACCCGGCCCGGCGCGGGGAGCUGAGCGUGUGUGACAGCAUUAGCGAGUGGGUAACAGCGGCAGACAAAAAGACUGCAGUGGACAUGUCGGGCGGGACGGUCACGGUCCUUGAAAAAGUCCCUGUAUCGAAAGGCCAACUGAAGCAGUACUUCUACGAGACCAAGUGCAAUCCCAUGGGUUACACAAAGGAGGGCUGCAGGGGCAUAGACAAGAGGCAUUGGAACUCCCAGUGCCGAACUACCCAGUCGUACGUGCGGGCUCUUACCAUGGAUAGCAAAAAGAGAAUUGGCUGGCGAUUCAUAAGGAUAGACACUUCCUGUGUAUGUACAUUGACCAUUAAAAGGGGAAGAUAGUGGAUUUAUGUUGUAUAGAUUAUAUUGAGACAAAAAUUAUCUAUUUGUAUAUAUACAUAACAGGGUAAAUUAUUCAGUUAAGAAAAAAAUAAUUUUAUGAACUGCAUGUAUAAAUGAAGUUUAUACAGUACAGUGGUUCUACAAUCUAUUUAUUGGACACAUCCAUGACCAGAAGGGAAACAGUCAUUUUGCGCACAACUUUAAAAAGUCUGCAUUACAUUCCUCGAUAAUGUUGUGAUUUGUUGCCGUUGCCAAGAAUUGAAAACGUAAAAAAAAUUUUAAAAAAUAAUAAAUUGCAUGCUGCUUUAAUUGUGAAUUGAUAAUAAACUGUCCUCUUUCAGAAAACAGACAAAAAAAAACCCAACAACAAAAAUUUGAACCAAAACAUUCUGUUUACAUUUUAGACAGUAAGUAUCUUCGUUCUUGUUAGUACUACAUCUGUUUUACUGCUUUUAAACUUCUGAUAGCGUUGGAAUUAAAACAAUGUCAAGGUGCUGUUGUCAUCGCU